GGGUCCAGCUCCUCGUACAAAUGGGUACAAUUGCAACUGUUUCUGUCAGACGGGUACCAAUGUCGGAAUUUAUCAAGCUAGUGCGGCAAAUCACAUGGGUUUGUUGUCUGUUCCUUUCUACAUUCAUCACAUUUGUAUCGGCCUUUCUUAUAUCUCAUUAUGGCCUAGAACAACUGCCAGGUAGUCAGCAAGUUACUCCGCGCCUGUUGCCUACUUUUGUGUCAGAACUUUCUCUUAAAUUCUUCCAUGCCCCACUAGUUGUAAUCUUUGAAAGUUAAGCUCUACAAAAGGAAUCGCUGUGGCCGCCCAUUCGUUGCUUGAUAUCCAAAGAGAAAGGUGCGGCUCUCGAUUUCGUUGUCCUAUUCGCAGGAAGUUCCCAGACGACAUCCCAGUGACAUGGUACCGGUUGUCUUUAAAAUUAAACUUACCAUAUUUCACACACAUCACAUCGUAAUAUGGGUUCUAUUUAAGCCAGUGAAUCAGAAGAGGCAACUACACGCCAUUUACGCCGUUUGUACCGUGCCGCGUGGUCCAAUUGUGGACACUGCAUAUGCGCUCUUUCCCUACUCUGAAGUAUGAUUUGUGUUUCUUUAGAGCUCGACGGAAACUCUUAACCUUGUCUAUCAAAGAUUACACAUACUUUACGCCUAACAAAGAUCCACCAUACACUUUCCAGAUCACUUCUACACCCAUCACCAUUUCUUGAAGUGCUCACGUUCUCCAUCCAUCUUCGCCAUCCCAUACCCUCAAACGUCUUUUCCACUUGUUCGUUCAAUCUAAGAUAUCCCCAUCAAGUAAAGAAGUAGAACGAAAUGGAUCUCGAUGCCGUUUUAGAAGCUCUACACCAGAAUUUAUCUGUGUCAUCCAACACAAGCACAACGGCAACUUUACUCGGCGGUUUAUUGCCGACCACUCUUCUCGAAAAUCUCGUUCCCGGAUAUGGCUACAUUCACAAGAUUGUUCUACAAACCGUUGGUUUUGAUAUCACGCUCCUUGUAUCUCUCUGGGCUGCUUUAUGGCUGGUAAACAAGGCUUUCAAUGCAUUUCAUUCUUGGGGAUGGGCAUUCGUAAGAUCAUACUGGAUGUCUGAUAUCUCUAUUAGUAGCAUAGACGAAAUUCACGACGAAGUCAUAGAAUUUCUGGCAUACAAGUACCAAAUGAAAUCUUCUCGCUCUCUUCAGGCAGCGACAGCACGACGGGGAUAUUGGGACCUAGAUAAUGAGGACUCGGUUACCUUGACACAGCUCGACGGAACCGGGAUUAUACAAUGGCUCAACUUUGCUGAUCAAGACUCUAAGACUAAGCCACAAUUCACGCCGUCUAUGGGAACCAGUCAUACUUUUUGGCAUAAUGGUAGAUAUUUCAGGGUUAUACGAUCGGAAAAAAUGGUCUUUCAAUCCUCCUCGUAUGGUAACCCGGUAUCUGACCAACAAGUUCUGCUCAUCUCUUGUUAUGGUCGUAGCACAAUACCUAUCAAGGAAUUUCUUCAGGAAGCCAAGGAUUAUUCAAACAGAAAUCAUAGUGCAAAGACUGUCAUUCGUCGACCUGCAAACAAAGAGCGUCGAGCAUGGGGAGGUCGAAGCUCUUGGACCGAGGUGGCGAGAAGACCUUGUCGUCCAAUGAGAACUGUAGUUCUGGAUGAGGUUAUGAAAAGUAAGGUACUACGUGAUAUCAACGAAUAUUUGAACCCUUCAACUGCUCGUUGGUAUGCCAUCCGUGGUAUACCUUAUCGCAGAGGAUACCUCUUUCAUGGACCCCCAGGAACUGGUAAAACUUCCUUAACCUUUGCCCUUGCCGGCGUUUUUGGUCUGAAUAUCUACGUUGUUAGCUUGCUAGAGCCUACACUCACGGAAGAAGAACUCGGGAACCUCUUUACCAACUUGCCACCUAGAUGUAUUGUACUAUUGGAGGAUAUUGAUACCGCAGGUCUAACGCGAGUCAAUGAAGAUAAAGUCGAGUCGUCAGAUGAAUCUAGUUCUGAAAGCAGCAGUAGCGAGGAUGAAGACGAAUUGGUCACUAAGAUAUCACGAAGAAAGGGCAAGAGUAAGAGCAAAAGUAGACGUAACAAGGGCAAACGAAGCAAGAAAGGCAAGAAAAGUAAGAAAGAUGAUGAUGAAAAGAAGGGAAUCUCAUUAUCCGGUCUUUUAAAUAUCAUUGACGGUGUGGCCUCACAUGAAGGCCGUGUCUUAGUGAUGACUACCAAUCAUCCCGAAAAGCUAGACGAAGCUCUUAUCCGACCAGGCCGCGUAGAUUGUCAAGUUGCAUUCACAAAUGCCACUCGUCAUCAGAUCAAAGAAAUUUUUGAGAGAAUGUACUCCAAAGACCCGCCACGGGAGAAACUUAUCGCUACUACCUCACCAGCUACCGAGCCCAUUAUCCAAGAAAUACAAGUUCCUAUCGAAAGAGAAGAAGAAGCAGAAGAAGAAGAGACUCCACUUCUCACCCCAACUUCAGAUGCCCCCAACCAAGAAUCGGAGAAGACAUAUGCAAAUUUAAUUUCAGAUUCACUUUCGGAAAAUCGUCCUCUUACACCACCAGAUACUCCUAUCGCCGCUGGAACCGAGACUUGUGCUGGAACUGGAACCGAAAUAGAAGCUACUACUCCCACUGGAAAGAAAACCCUUACAAUAGCUGAUAUCGAGAAGAAUGGCGAAGAACAAAUAUUGGAGGAAGGGGAGCUCAAGACGUUGGCCAAUCAGUUCUCUGAAUAUAUCGAAGACUAUAUGUUUAGUCCAGCUGAGAUUCAAGGAUUUCUUUUGACGAGGAAAAAGGCGCCUAGAAAGGCUGUUGAAGAGAUUGGAGCUUGGGUGCAGGCUACAAGGAAGAGUAAAGUGGAGGGGCAAAAAUUCACAUAGGCGCGUUGGGAGGGGGGUGAGGUGGUCUGAUGGACUGGUGAAUCAGUAUCGAUGUUCUUUUACGCAGUGCAUGAUUGGUUAGUUGAUUGGACUUGUUCUCGGAAACUUGAUGAGACACGAAACGCGGUGUACUAUACCUACAUAGUUUGUACACAAGAAACGAGAAUUGAUGAGGAGAAAAAUGAGAGAGAGAAAAAAAACAAAAAAAUAAGAGCAGCCAUUGGAGGAAGAUGACCUCAGCGAUACGAUACACGACUUUUCUUUAAUCAAAAUGGCGGGAAUCUCGUUGCUUUUUUGGUUCGCAUAUUUUGCUUUUACAAUCCCACUUUUUAUCAUAGGGUGAGGUGGGUGUUCUUUAUUAACAUCUUUCGUCAUUGAAGUCGGCGGCACGUAGCAUUUCCUACUUACAAAUGAAACAGUGGGGUUUUUCGUCUGCUAUUGGAUAUCCACUUGCUGGAUAUCCAAAUUUGGGAGACAUGGCUUUUCAUUUUUGGAAAAGGAAGGGAAGGGGAAAAAAGCUGGGUAGAGUGACUGGAGAUAAAAAGGGAGAUGAAAGUUGGGGGUGGUCCGGCUGGAGAUGAGGUCUGGGGUCUGGGGUCUGGGGAUAUGAUAUGUUCAUUGGGGGGGAGGACAGGGCAGGACUUGUAUAUGAUUAAGAUUCGUAGUUUCUGAUAUUUAAUUUGAUGCGUUGAUUUUUUA